UGGCGUCAAUUUACUUUGAUUGACGUUUCGUAAAUGAUGAUUUAUUUUUGUAUCGAAAACCUGCUCCUUGAAUUAACUGAAUAAAUAAAAUUAGUCGUACGCGGUGUUCAUUUCGUCUAGCAGUCUUCCAUAAGUGUUUCUAAAAUGAUCAUAUCGCGGUCUAAGCACCGCUCCUCGGUGGAAGUGUGCGCGGACUGCGGUGCAUCAGAUCCGUCAUGGGCAUCGAUCAACCGUGGACUUCUGCUGUGUGCGGAAUGCUGUAGCGUUCAUCGUAGCAUGGGACGACAUAUUUCGCACGUAAAAUCGCUGCGACAAGGGUCCUGGCCACCAUCGCUACUAGCUAUGGUGCAGGCAUUGACAGCUCAGAAUGUAAACAGCAUUUGGGAACAUUCCUUACUGGACACUUCAGCCCCAAAGCAUCUCCGCAAGAAACCACAGCCAAAAGACCCUUUACACCCAGUGAAGUCAGAGUUCAUUCUGGCUAAGCACCUGAGGCUAGCUUAUGUCCUGAGGGCGAGAAGAGAUGAGCCACCCAGUGAGUUGGGGCGUCAGCUACACAGUGCUGUCCGCAGCGCCUCCCUUGACACUGCCAUGAGGCUCCUGGCUCAGGGCGCUGAUCCCAAUUAUUAUAACCAGGAGAAGGGGUCGACAUGCCUGCACGUGGCGUGCCGCGCGGGACAGCCGGCGCAGGCGGAGCUGCUGGUGGCGUGGGGCGCAGACCCCACCGCGCGGGACUGCUCCGGCGCCACGCCGGCUGAAUGCGCCAGACAAGGAGGUCACACGGAACUCGCGGACCGCCUAACAGAGCUAGUAUACGAGGCGACCGACCGCCUCAUCUACUUCCUGACGGGCGAGCGUCCCGAGCACGCGGCCGGCCGCCACUACAUAGUGCCGCGCGCACAUGAUACACAUGAGAUGACCGAUGUCGCUAAGGCGGCUAGGGGCAAGCUGCAGCUGCUUCCAAAUCACCUUUUCGAAGAACUUGUAAUGGACAUAUACGACGAAAUUGACCGCAGAGAAACAGAAGCCAUAUGGCAAACAAGUGCGACGGGUCUCGAGCGCUCGGGCGUAGUAUUCCUCCCGGUGAAUCCCGCGCUGUCGGCUCCGCGUAACCAAGGCCGACAGAAGCUCGCCCGACUGUCUACGGCGGAGAUGGCUACGCUGCUACGAGACGUCCUCGUAGAUGCUACGAGACGGCAACACAUUGCUACGUUACAGCCGAGAGCGCCCGCUCUAAUGAACCCGCUACUGUCAGCGAGCCACUUGAAGCACUUGUCGCAGAUGUCGGACGACGAGCCGCUGUACGACUCCGUGGCGUCCGACGAGGACUACGCCGCAUUAGCUCCUAUCAACUUGGACGUCACUGAGGAUUCUUUUAGACUAUCAAGCGUGGUGCCCCGCGCCGGCGAGACGGUAUCCUCCACCUACAACCCCUCGCUGCCCAUAGACAUCUCCGCCAUAGACACGCGCCGCACGCACUCGCCCAGCACUCUCGCGCAUAGUGCCAUACCGGAGACCAACGAAAUCGAAACGCUCAAGAAAGAAAUACACACUAAAGACUCCACCAUUACAGAGUUAAAGAACCAACUCAAAAAUCUACAAACAAUUGUUGAGCAAUUGACUAAAGAAAAUAGUGUAUUAAAAACUACAAGCAGUGUGGAUGAUGAUCAGAGUAUGACGUCACAAAUGUCAAUCAAUGACAGUUCUUGUAACGUUCUAGAAAGUUCCAAAGCUCAGGAGAGAGGGAAGAGCCUCGAGACGGAACACUUGAGUCGGUCGGAGGAGGUCGAUGGCAAGUUGUCUAUGAAAUCCGCGCAGCGACCGGUCAGUAUGUAUGAGACUAGGGAAGGACCAAAGAAUAACUGGCAGGUUACUAAACAUCAGCUAACAACACUAGGCAGCGUGGAGCGGUCACUGCCGUCAGCAGGUGAGGGCGAAGCCCUACCGAGCGGCGAGCUAGUACAGCGCCGCGCUGAAGCCGUGACCCGCGCCAUCUCCGAGCUGUGGGCGGCGGCGCGCGAGCAGCACCCGCGCCUGCAGCAGCGCGGCGACACCAUCCGACACGCCGUGCGGGCCCUGCUCGCGCUGUUCCCACAGACAACCUCAGACCGCGAGCUGAACCUCGUACUGGGCGAGCUGCGGGCCGCCUGCUCAGAAGUCUCGCUAGCAUGUUCAGCGCCUUCGCCCCUCAACGACGUCCGCGCGGCCGCGUACGACCUGGCGAAGGCCACCAAGCUGCUGGUGACGCACUUCCAGCCCGACUCAUAGCGAUCGCCUGGCUGCUACUACACCACGGUGUAGGGCAACGUACGGACGUGCGUUACUGACACUUAUGUCAGUGUCAGUCUGUGACUAUGUGAAAAAAAACAAGUCAAGUGUUCAAUAGUGGUUAUGCUUAAUAUGUGUUGUUGGAUUUGAGAAAACUUUGACCAUAGAGUUGGUUUGGUUAGCAAAGCUGAAACUAUUUUGCACGAUAAAAAAAGAAGAAUGAGUGAUUCAUGAAUAACGAUAGUGUAUGUCACACAUUUACACACUUACACACUUGCGCAUACGCAAUUUAAGGCUUAGUUUUAAGCUAUGUGAAUUGUUCAGAAAUAACCAAGCAUUUGAAUAUGCGUUUUUGAUUGAUUGUGUGUAUCAAGCAAGUCAACGUAUUGAAUUAAAAACAAAGGAAUUGAGACAGAUGACAAGGGAAAAGUAAUUCAUGUUUGACAUUUGACUAACUGAAGUAUACAAAUUAAAUUAAAUAAUCAAAAUACUGUUAAUGUAAUUUUCGUUAUUUGGUCAGUUGUCUUCCUUUUAGUCGAUUAUAUAAUGCAGCUCAUCACUGCAGCUAAUACAUAACUCUCAAACUAAUUAUAAUUGUAAAAAGGUGUGUGUUAUUAAAGUAAUAUUAAAUUCUAAAAAGUAUUAUGAAAAAGACUAACUUAUGAGGUUGUUUUGAGAUUGUCGAAGUAUGUAUUAAAACGGGGAAUUCAAAUAACAGGCAAAAUAAAUCUAUUUGCGAAAUAAUUAAUGAGACGCCGAGAACGAAAGGCUUUUUAUAGCUGUGAAGAUUCGAUAUCGAUAGUUUUCGAAAUAAACAAGUUUAGUGUAAUAGAUACUUCUGUAUUGCACAAUUGCACAUGUCGAAAUACAAAUCAGUAUAUUACUGAAGAAGUGGUCAGUAAAAGAAUAAGUUCAAAAUCAGAAUAUUUACUUUCAUGAAUAAUUUUAAUUAUCUUGUCAAACAUUAUUCUAAGAGCCGACGAAGCUCGCGAUUGUUCUAGACGGACGACGUCAUCGCGAGGUCGUUAAACAAAUUCGUACAUUGAGGCUACAUCGUGUCUUAGCAUAAUAGCUCAUUAUUAUCAGACAAAAGUGUUCUAAAAAUACCAAUGAGAUUCUACACUCUGUAAGAGAAAAGAGGUUCAACACAACAUAAUAAUAUAAAUAUGAGUGUUGAAUGUGUGAUGUUGUUAGUAUAGAUUCUAUAUCUUACUAUUAAUUGAAUUGAAGUCUAUGUUUCUAUGUUUAGAACUUUACCACCCAGAAAAUCCUGAAGGAUUUGUAUCAUAGGAUUUCGAAUCAUACAAAUACUUAAUUUGUAUUUCACACACAUAAAUAUCACAUUUGGAGUUUAGCUAGUAAUUUCAUAAUGUCAUAAAAUAAAUGGGACAGUAUAUUAUGAAAUAAGUAAUUAUAAUGAUCUCUAGAACUGACAAAAUGUUAUAAUAAAUAUGAAUAUUAGAGUCUCUAGUGCAUAGAUUAUACGUGUCAGCCAUAAUCAAGUUAUUUUAUUCAACAUUUUAAUGGCUUAGAAUUCAUUGUAUGCAGGCGUUUUAUUUUCGUCAAAAGUAUACCUAUGUAAAUUAUUAAUAACUGAAUUGUUGGUCAUUUAAACAAUUUACAAAAAUUACAGAAUAUAACAAAAUGCUUGAAGCUUUCGAUGUACCUAAUAAUGUAUAAUGCGGCGCUUAAUAGCUAGACAAAUGUAACAAAAUAUUAUGUUCAAAUAUGUACAAUCUCGUUAUAACUUACUAAUGUGAUUGUGAACCUUAGCACAUAUUGUUUAAGGUCGAAAAUUAUAUAAAGGAGCUAGUUAUGUAAGGCUAGGUAGCAAAUGAAUGGUGUUAGUGAUGUAUUUAAUUCAUAAGGAUCGCAUUACAUCACAGGAUUUGAAAGUGAAUCAGUAUACAGCAUAGAAUUUGUUUUUAGUUGUAAACUUUACUAGUAUACUGAGCAUACUAGACAGCGCACGGUUCCAAAAAAAAAAAGUUUAUAAACUAUCGUUGACGCCAGAAUUGGAUAUGGUAACAUCUUGGACUACAAAUAUUUCUUUGUACUUCACAUAAUUCUGAUGUUAACAAAAUACGGUUGUCGCGAUUACUAAAGUAAUUUUUGUGAUUUGCAUAAUUUUUCAAUUGGCUAAACAGAAUUCUUUUGUUUUUAAGUAGCGUGUUCACACGCGCAGUCUAAAUUUGUGUUGUAGAAUGUACCGCGUUAUAAUGUAUGCGGUGAACCCAAGUGCCAUGCCCAUAUGGGUGUUAAACAUUUUCACUUGUUUCAAACUUGACCAAAGCUUACUCUAACUUCGUUACUCUGUCACAAAUCUGCAUUUCUAUACUUACACUGUGUCAUUCCAUUCGAUGUGUUCUCUAUCUUAUAAAUGUAAUGUUUCUAGUUUAUAUUCGUAAUAUUUUCACUUCUUUUUAAUAGUCUUGUCUUAUUACUACAGUAUUUUUUGUCUUAAAUAGUGUUGUGCUAUGGGAUGACAUGUAUAUCGAUGUGAAACAAAGGAACAAUUUUUUAGAUUGUCUACUGAUUUAUACUGCAUCUUCAAUCCUCUCAAUCCCUUCUGAAAAAGAAGAGUGAUUCUUUUGUAAAUGUAUGUAUGUAUGUAAAUCAGUAGACUAUGAAGAUUUAAUAUCAUAUCAUCUUACUAUAACAGGGUUUCCUUUAACACAAUUCGCAAUGUAACAGACAAUUUCGUCGACAUACGUGUCAGCCCUAGCGUCCCGACGUGUUCCUACACUACAGACCUACGGAGGUGCUCGAUACGUAAUAGUCUCUCCAUCCCAGUGCUCCUUGGUACCCAGUACACACUGAACUUGAUAACUAAUUGUGCCUAAAAAUUUUAUAUUCAUACAUUUGUUAGAAGUACCUAGAUAAGUUUAUCGGUUCGUAGAUUUUAUAUGAGCGUUUCAUAAUAAUAUUACGUUGUUAGAUAGGUAUUUGUAUAGUUAACAAGAUGGAUUUACUAUUGUGGUUAUAUUAUGUAUAACAACUAGCUUUCGUACUAUGUAUAAGUAUGUUUAAUAUACGUAUGAGUAUUAUGUGAUCACUUUAUGUGCCAAUGUUUAUGUAAAAGACGUAGAAUAGUAAGUGGUAUAGCACACGAUGGGAUCCUGUUUCUGUAUUUUUGUACAUAUUUACAAUAUCCCACCAACACUACAUAGCUUUACAUAAUUAAUACCGCGGCGGUGCUUGAGUGCGUACACCAUGCGUUACCGUGACGAGGGCCGUGGCUUUAGGCUGUCUCGUUAUGGCUUUGGCUUAAGAGCCGUGACGAAAUCUCUAAUCAACUAAUUAAGGCGUGAAGUAGCGUACCUACUCACUUUUUUGUAGUACCUGGUUGUAGGCACUCAAGCACCUCCCGAGCAGCACGCUAGAUCACAACAAACACAACAAAAUAUAAGAAUACAAAUAAUUAUUUUCUAUAGCUUGUAUUACUAUAAUCAAACUAGCUACGGAAACAUGAUCUCAAGCCGAUUCGUAUGAAAUUUAUUGAAAUUUUUAACGUUUAAAAAUUUAUUAUAUUAUUAAUUUUGAAAUCA